UCUGCAGCGGACUUUUGGGUCUGCGUCUUCUUGGGAUCUGAGAGAUUGUAGUGAUUAUUAUGCCCAAUUAAUCUAUGACAACUCUUUCCCCCAUUAAACUUUUUUAAACGGCUUAUGAUUCAUCCAGUUUAAAUUCGAAAUGUCAGUUAGGAGGUAUACUGAUCCUGUAUAUCUCCAGUUUGUGUGGAAUGCAAUUGAAGCAUGCUCAAGAGAUUCCAUCGAAUCUUCUUUUCACGAGUUGUUGUCCUUUAUUCAAAGAGAAUGUGAUUCUAGAUGCACUGCAGGAAAACUGCAAAACGAACUCUCAAACGCUAUAAGCGAUGGUUGUAUAGAAUGUAACCAACGCUGUUAUGUGAAACGCGAUCCAAUGCCCAAAGUGAAGGAUAAACAUGAUUGGUAGGUUGGGCUUGAGCCCCGAUUCAAUAUCUAUAUUCUUCCUUUUGAGGCUCGUGAACAUGUAUGAUAAUUUUUAUGCGGAAUACCUGAUUUUUUUUUAGGUGGCAACGUUAUUCGUGUUGUAACUGAGUAUUACUUCUUUUAGGGGAUAAAUAGCCUUGUGAUAAAUUAUGUAAACGUUACACAUGGCCUUAUAUUCCACAAUAAAACGUCCAAACACCACAGCGCAAUAAUUCUCACAGCUUGAGAUGUUUAGGACUUGUUGGUACACUGAAACUGAGAGGUCGGUAGUAGUCACGUGGUUGUUUUCGCGACAACUAUUCGCUUAUGUAACAAUACUCAACUCUAGUUCUUGAAGUAGUAGCUACUUGCGGAUUGGUCGGCUGUUUGCAUUACUAGUUUGUAAACUGGGAUGGUGUAAGCAUCCUAGAGGAGGAGUAGGCACCAAUUUCUUUUUUGCAAUUUAGCGACAUCAUUUUUACUAAUUCUCCGUAAUCUUGCGCCGAAUUGUUCUUUAGCUCCACAACAAAGCUUCCGUCACUUCUAGAGAUGACUUUUGUACACCCAGUUCCACCAAAAUAUAUAUAUAUAUAUAUAUAAUAUUGUAAUGGUAAAUAAUAAUAUUUGUUGUUUAUUGGAAACAAGCUCUUGAAUUUAUUGAUAUCACCGAGUAUCUGUGGGGCCUACAGUGAGACAAAAAAUCACUAGUUCCAACAGUAGUAACUCAACUGCACGAUAGGUACGUUCCAUAAGUUCAUCUGUCCCACUCGGCUUUCGGAAUAUUCUGGAGACGAAUCUAAAGAUAAGAUGACAGUAGUAAUGUAGGUAGGUUUGCUCAGUAAGAACGGAUAUUUAAUAUAAUGACGAUUUCAUCUGACAACACAUGGCAGUUCGUAACUAUAUUACAUAAUAUUCACUGUAUGAGUUAACAGGACUAAGGGAAAUUUUCAUGUGUAUUCACCUUUAAGCUCGGGAAAGUUCGAAUAUUCACACUCAAGCAAAAGCUGUAUUGGCAUGCAUUGCAAUGGACAAUCUUUUAUCUCAAUGUGAUAGUUGGCACGCGCGUAUGUUUGCGGUUUUCUAAACUGGCUCUUUUUCUAGCUCUGAGAAGUGGUGUGUAAAUUCCCGGUGUAGAUAACUGCAAUGCGUGCCCAAAAAACCUGAAAUUACUGCCCUAGAUGUAUUCAAUGGCUUUUCGUGACGAAUCAUUAGUCACCGUAGUAUUACACAUUCUGCAGCAUAUGCUUCAGGAUUCUAGUUUUUGUUCGAGUCACGUUUUUUGAUUUUGGGGACGUUUACCACUUUACGUUUCAGCCAUUUCCAGGUCGUGGGUCAUUUGUCUGACUUAAUACUGCUUAGAAGUAGUUAAAAUGUAGUUACUCAAUGUCAAGAUACGACAUGAAUGCUGAAGACAUGUUUAGUAUGCAGCAAUCUAAGUCACUCAUUGCUCGGGUAAGAUAUUGUCUCGCUUAUCGAGUGAAUACGAUGUCAGUGCACCUUUUUGCUGCUGCACAAUGUCAAAAGGUUGAGGUCAGUCAUUUGUAGAUAAAUAUCCGAUUAUUAUUGUUCCCUCCGAGUUGCUAAUCUGUGGGAAACCAACUUAAAAAGGCUAAAUACUUCAGUGAGCGAUAAAAAGGCUAUGAGCAAGUAUUAAGUGAAGUAACUGCUACGUUUAUAUUUUUAUUUGAUCGCAAACAUUGGUGUAAGGAGGCACCAAAUACAUAUGCGCCACACUAACAAUGUAGAACGUAUGAUGUAGCGAAACUCCAUGAAAAUCAUCCACCUGAGCUACAAACCUCCACCAUCUCAGUGAUAUUGAUUAUUCAACUAUCUCUCGGCAAUGUAGUAUUCAUGACUCAGUGUAAAGUCACGUGCUCCACGAUUCGUUACCAUGUACUAAUUUAGUCUUAUUUGGUCGAUUAGUAUUUUUGUUACGAAAUGUUCUACAGAACAUGACGAUUAAGGACGCACAAGAUACCGUCGAGCUAUUUUUGUUCACAAACAGUAAUUUCGUCGAUUGAUGUGACCAACGUGAACCAGCACCAACUGCCAGCUACAUUUUUUAGAAUCCAUUAUCAGUGUCUCUAAAAUAUUAAAAUUAGGUGGUUGUUGACCAUAUGAAGCUAUAAAUCUAUCCAAGCGGCUUUAUUCCUAAACAUAGUGUUCACUAGUGCAAAAACACUGGAUUUUUCGUUCCAGUAGUUAACAUAUCCGUCUCAUUUUUGUCAAAAUACUGGGAAAAUCGCUCAUAUAUAUAUAUAUAUAUAUUAGGCAGCGUUAUUUCAUACUACUAUCCGAGUUGAUUUGUACCAGCUAUCUUGAUGAUAGGUUUGACGUCUAAGAACUAUGCACAUUUAUGACAUAUCUUAAGUGUUUUUGUUUCUCCAAUCCCUAAUUCUGAUUCAAACCUUACUGAUUGUCAUUUCUUAAGUCAUUGGCUUUUUUCGGAAAUCAGUGGUAGCUUCUGGGCUUCGUUAAAGAAAAAACAUCAUCUCACCACAAAAACUUAUUUUGUUUCAAAUGUGCUGUCCAGUUUUUAGUCAACUAACGCUGUAUCUGUUUUUCUCCCAAUUCAGGUAUUGCUUUGAAUGUCACGGACCAGGUCAUGUUGUAUCUUGUCCAACUUGUUUCAGAGUAUACCACCCCGAUUGCUUGCCAGUUGCCUUAUCAUCACAACUGUCCUCUGUUAUACCGUGUGAAUCUGGUGGAUCCGAAGCCGAUUCAAAUAUGUCUAGUGGAUUCCCACCUACUAGCCCAUGUCCUGUUUGCCAGCGGUUGUCGCGAGCAUCUAAUAUAUCAAAUCCUAGCACCCCAUCGGAGUUACAUAAAAUCUUCCAGGUUGUCCUUGAUCGGAUCCGCAACAAAGUCAAUUGGAAAACAAUGCAGGUUGUUGGUUACUUAAACGAACCUUUACGAAAUAACUACCUCGUAUUACGGCAAAUUAAUACUCGUCUUAUAACCGAACGUAUGCGAGCAGAUCCAUCAUCUAAAGAUUGUUAUCCUAAUCGAACCUCCCUUCUGAUUGAUGUGGAUUUACUAAUUCACAACACCGCCAUUUUUUACGGUUCUAAAAACGAUAUGAGCAAUAUGGCUCGACAGAUACGAUCUCAGCUAGAACGAGAAUUGCGAGAAUCAUCUUUUUGCAUAGAUUGUUACUUGCGUCUUCAUUCAGCAUCAGUAAAUAAAUUAACAGCACCUUGUCGGGUUGCUCAUCGUCUCCUUUGGUUCCAACACAAUGGGUGGUCCUUUCGUCCUUGCAAAAUGUUAUAUGAGAGUACGGAGGGCUACGAAGUAGUUUGCUUUGGUGGACGACAUGAGAGAGUUUUUGUUCCACUAGCGAGAGCAUUUGAUAUGAAUUUUACAGCAGAUGAACUUGGUUUACGAGAAACACCACCUUUGAAAAAAGCACUGAAUGAAGCUGAAGAGUACAAAACAAACCAAGCUAUUUUUGAUCAGCAAAUGAAGAAUUCUGAUCAUCUGCCAAACAAGAUGCUGGCUGAACCUAUCUCGAUAGAUUCCAUAAGAAACAAUCUAAUCAGUGUGUCUAUAUCUAAUGGAACAUUCCUGAAAAGUGCUACUUCUCCGCCUUUAAAAAAGAAAAGACCUGGUAGGCGUCCACUAUCUACUAGAUCUCACAAUGAAGAUUUCAACGUAUCGCCUGAAAUGCAGGUUUUCAAAUCUCGUAAAUCCACUGGAGCAAAUUCACCUGUGUGGUGUCCUGUGUCACAGCAUUCUACGUCUCGACGUGACUCACAUUGGUCAGAUAAUAUGAAGAAUGUUACUGAAGAUAACUUAACUUCCUUAUCGUCACUGAACAGUGACAGUGAUGGUCCGGAAACCAAGUGCCGCAUUUCAGAGCCUACUCCUGAGAAUCCAAGUGUAAAUAAAUCGUCUAUGAAACUAUCGAUACCUCUCCUACCUACUCCAACAAAAAGAAAGUCACAUAAAAGAAAGCGAUGCAACGAAGCACACUCAAGACCUAGUUUCUCCAACGGCAUAUCAGCUGUCCCUCCGAGCUGUGACUCUAGUUCAUCCGAGCUUUCAACAGCGUCUUUUGCGGCUAAAACACAACGGACUAUACGCAUUAAGCCGUUGCCUUUUAGAAGUGAAAACAACGACAUUCCUCUUUCUGUGAAGGAAACCAAUCAGUCUCUCCCUCGAUUGACCUGUGUUGACAGUCAUGUCGUGCGUACAGAACCUGUACACAGCAUGUCCUCCUCAUCCUCUGCUGCAUCUGGUCCUUCAUCGGACCGUACAACUGUUCCUGCCCUUGCCUCUUCUGGUGGCCAUACCCCUCCUGAUUCAUCAGCUUUUUCGGCCUCUUCAACAUAUUCUGAUUUUUCCAAGAAAUCACGUGGACGUCCGCCCAAGACUCAUAAAUCUACCAAGUCCUCUUUGCCUUCAGCGAGCGCCAAAUGUGCUACCGAAAAUUCUGAUGAUUGUUCUUCCACCCCGUUACUGUUAUCUGCAAGAAAUACCUAUGAACCCCCAGCUAAUAACAAGCAUUGUCUUCUUACAAUACCGAUAAGUUCUCCUAUCCGUUCAGAUAGGCUAACCGUUGCAGAUGAAGAUAAACAACAUCCAGUGUGUUCUUUAUCACCGCCUUCAUCCUUAUCAGAUGCAGAGUCGGAUUUGUCUUCUCUUUCUUCUUCAUCCUCCACCGUGUCAUCAUCAUCUCAGUUGUCUUCUUCCUCGUUGUCUUCAACAUCCACACUUUCAUCUCCUGCUCUACGGUUAUCCUUCUCUACACUAAAACCAAAGAUAAAUGACGAACUGUCGACCGCUCGAGUCAAGCAAAAGUCGUCAAAAGACAUCUUAACACCUUUCCAAAGUCAGUUAACUCUCAAAACACGUGAUAAUAAGGAAGGGACAAAAGAAGCUGAUAGUAGUCAACACGUUCCCAAAUUAACUAAAUCAAUUAAGUCGUCUCGCCAUAACUUGGAAAUGAAGGGACAUUUCCGACCGUCUUCGCGAUCUACUGUUAUAAAUACUUUCAAAAAUACAGAUUUGAAUAAUGACUAUCAGGAUGAAGACGUCGGAUUCUGUAUGGUUUCUCCGGAAAAGAGUCUAAAACCUGAAAAGGUAAGUUGAUCCAAACUGGUUCUCUUUUGCCAUAUACUUUUUUGAUCUAACCAAUAAUCUAGUGGGUUGAUCAUAUGUCUAAUAAUAAUAAUUUCUUAGCAUUUACUGGAUUUGUCGAAUGGUUUACAUGGUCCUAUCUAUAAAGCACUACGCAGUCUGUACAAACACUAGUUCUAAUUAACUGUGAGAUUGUUUAGCAAGUCAGUACAUGCCUGUGUUGUGAUCUUGUUACUGAAGGUCCCUUGCUUUUGAUGAAUUUCUAACUUUAGAUAGCGGUUACUCGCUCACAACAAUUCUUGUAUCAUUUAAUAUGACAAAAAUAAUUCACCAAAACUACCAAUUAAAAAGUUAAAUAAAUGACUGCCUCUAAAGUAAUAUUUUCUUUUAAGUUUCAAUUGUAAACGUUUACAUUCUGAUUUGAAUUUAUAUUGUGACUUUGAAACUUGUCAAAGAUCCUCACAUAGACUACCUAAUCAGUUGGUUCGUCGAAAGUGUAGCUUCGUUUAAAAUAUGCCUAAAUAAGAAUGUCCAAUUCGUUUUAAACUACUUACGUUCGGUUAACCGACACAUUGCUGUUGAUUUCUAAAGAGUUCCAUGUAUAUCGUAAUGAACUUUCCAAGGAUCUUGACAACAUACAUGUUAGAAAAUGAUAAUAAUUACAUUUACUUUUUUCGUUUUUGUUUAUAAGAAGUUCCUUCUAGUUUUAACUACCUUAUUGCUAUCGUAGCCUUUUACUAAACUGUAAAAUACCUGUGUAUGUAUGAAGUCUCGGUGUUCGCGUUUCUGAUCUGAAUGGCAUUCAAUCCUUUCUAAACAGUUUAUUUCGUAGCUAUUGGUUUUAUUAUCUGAUUGGUAAAUCUAAUAAAUACAAACGCUGGAACUUUUCGCCAUUCUUAGUCAAGUUAACUAAACCUACAUGUACGUUACUUUCAAGCUUCUUUAGAGAUGAGGAAAAUGUCAGUCUUUGGAAGUUUGGCUAGUAAGAAAUCAAGUUAUAGGUCGAAGUAACAAGUGUUCGUAUGGUAUGUAAAUCAGUGUUUUUGCAGCUAAACUGUUCAUCCGUUUCCUUUUUUAGGUAACCGGAAUUCUGCGCAUUCCUGGCGAUGGUAGUAAUUCUGUUGACAAUAAAUCUCUGGGUUCUUCGGCACCCAACUCAUCCGUCAAAAAUUUCGCUUUUGAUAGCCCCAAUACCAAACUCAGUUCUAAAACCGUUCAUCCUUCUGGCUGGUCUAGUGGGACGAAAAUAUUGUCUACAUUUAAUGAUCAGCCAUCUGCAGCGCCUCAGCUUACUCAUCCAACUGGAGCAAAUGUCUCCACCGGUCCAACUCCUCCUUCGAACUCUUCAGCAUCUUCUUCAUGUUACUCUUCAGUGUCACCAGCUGCUCUUUCGUCUACGUCUGGUUUAGGUUCUAGUUUAAGUGAUCCGAAAUCAGUAGACGCAUCACCUGGUGAAGUAGCAACUAUGCUAGGGAAUGCACCUUUUUCUUGCUCAUCAGGCAAUGGCAGUGGACUGGUUGCUCAUUUGCAGUCUGAUAGCAAUAUGAUAAAAACUGAGGUGUGUCUUAAUUUUGAAAUAUACAAUUAUAUUACCUAUUCCUUUGAUGAAUAUUUAAUAUUAUAAAAAGUGUUAUAUUUGUUGCCUACUAAUUUCUUUGAUUCUCUUGUUACUGAAACCAUCAUUUUAUAUCACUUGUCUUGUAAUCCUCUUAUACAACAUCAAGUGUUGUUCCACCUAAUAUACUCACAUAAUGAAUCAUUUUCAGAUUAUUAAUCUAAACAGCAACUGUCUUGUCUCAUGUACCCGUGCUAUUAAUUAGUUACAACACCAAAAGGAUAUCACUUACACACUAAACAUUAGAAACUCCGUCCUCAUUUUAAUACAAAGCUUACUAAAAUAUCAUUUCGUUUUAACCCUUUUAUUCUUUAUGUAGUGCUCUUGUGACAUCAAGAAGUCAAGAGACCUUAUUUUAAGGGACUUGGACAAUUUUAUUCUUUUCCAGAUUCAUCAAGCUCGAUUGAAAAGUAAACCAUGUUAAUAAAAAGACUUGGUUGUACCUUCGCUAUUCAAAUUGAUGUAACCCACAAAAUCUCUCUUAACUACCUAUCAGGGUUUCCAUUAAAUCCAAAGUUAAACAAGCCUUUUGAUCCAAUUUCGCUUUCGCGAACGUAGACAUAUCUCUCUGAAGAUUGUUAAUUAGUUAGUUUAUUUACUGGUUUAAUAGUGUACCUAGUUGAACUCAAACAUUAAUUUAUGUUUCUGUUUGAUAAACACGGCUUGCGAAUUGUCAAGGGUGUUUUUCUAAAACUUUUUAACGUCCUUUUUUAGUCGUUUUUAUUUGUGAAAUUCGAUGGACAGACAGGGAAUGUUUUCUUACAACCUAGGACCUAGUGCAUUAAACUUUAGUAAGGUAAAUAAAUCAGUAAAGUAAUAAACAUAGAUAUCUUAUUAUCGACAGUUCUGUUGUACUUUCCUGACUUUAAUCCUACGACGUCUUACACUAGUUUUGGUUAAGUUCGAAUCCUCAGUAAAAAGUCAGCUUUUAUAAUAUUUCAUCUACUUUUUGUGAUAUCCUUUAUUAAGAAUUUCUUUAUUAAUAACGUGAUUUCUAAAAUGUUAACCAUAUGUAUAUACAUAUGCACAUCUUUUAGCUGUAUAUUUAUUUCAACACAAUGUCAACAUUUUAAAUCCACAAACAUUUCUAUCUCAUUGUUUGUAGGAACGAAUUCAUCGGAUAUACGCUGAUCGACUUAUUGCCUUGACAACUGAGAGAGAUCAAGCUCGGGAGGAAGUUCAUCGACGCGACAUUUUAAUCUCUGAACUUCGUCGUGCACAUGAAGCUGAGAUUAAACGAGUUAAACAACGAACAUGGUGUCAAGUGUGUUUAAAUGAAGCAUUCUACCACUGUUGUCCCGGGACAGCAUACUGUUCUGAAACAUGCCAGUUUGAACACUGGACAGCUCAGCAUAAUCGCGAUUGCCGUCGUCGAACAGAGUCACAACAGCAACAACAAAUUCGUAGCUAGCAUAUUAUAGACCAAGUAUAUAUAUAUAUAUAUAUAUAUAUAUAUAUAUAUAUAUAUAUAUAUAUAUAUAUAUAUACUCUUCAACUCAGUUUCAUUCCCUUCAACCCCAUUUCUAGUCGUUCUCAACUUACUUUUAAGAAUUAAGUUUUUUAAAGUUUGGCAGCCGUAUUAGGGAUGGAAGAAUCAAUUUUAUCCUAUUAUUAUUAUUAUUAUUCGCGUCAGAGUCUCUUGGACUGUUGAGCGCCGCUCAAUCACAUCGUUUUCGCUACAUAGUAUGUUUGGUAGUGUAUAGUCUUUCUUUAUCUCAUGAUGGCAUUGUGAUAAUAACGCGUUCUUGGUAUUUUGUCAUUAUUGUAAGUAGAACUAAUGAUACUAAAACUAGUAAUCAUGAGCUUUAUCAUAACUAUUCUUUCUUGACAGACCUAGGAUUACACUAAACCCAGGAGCCAAUAAAUUUAUUUCAUUACUGAUACUUCUAGAUAGAUUUAAUAUUUCUUUCUUAAACUGAUCAUUUGCAGAUUGGUGAAUUUUCCUUAGUUCAUUGCAAUUAUUAACUUCGUUUAUGAUAUUAGUGCUGUGAAGCGCAAGUAACAUAAUGUAUCCUGUAUCUCACUUCUUCAAUCCUCUUGUCUGAUAUUUGUGCUUUGUUGCGCUCAUUUAAGUAUAUUUGUUUUGUUGUUACUUUAACAUUCUUCAGUGUGUUCGAUAAUCCACACGCACAAAUACACAAUCGUAUAUGUAUGCAUAGAUAUACACAUGUAAAUCAAUUCCCUGUUUUUGUUUAUUUUUCUAUAUCUUUUCAUUUUUGUCUGUGAUUCAUACUAUCUGAUCUUUGUUUCUCCUGUCUUAUGUUUUCCCUUUCAUACUACUUCGUUAAAAAUUAAUCUAUUGUAUAUGUACAUACGUCUCACUUAAUGUUGUUUUGCAACAAAUCCAAGAUGCUUAUUAAAUUAGCAAUUUAAUAGUUGUAGUUAUGUAUUAGUUACGAUAACUCAUAUAGAUCUAAGCUCUCGUCUUCUGCUUGCUUCUAAAAAUCUCUCAUUUUUGCGUAAUAUUUUAAAACAGUGUAUUAGUAUUUUUCAAAUGAUUAUUAUUCUGUCCUAAGAAUCCUUUUUCUUUUGUUGCAGUAUAUUCCUACAUUGCUUGUCUUGUUAAAAAUUGCUAUUGAUAGGAGGUCGGAAUUUUUACGUAUCUAUAAACGGGAACGCACACUCACAGUUCGUUCAUCCAUAUGCAUAUGGAUAAGGAUGUAGUGGCAGAAAAAUUUAAUAAGACAUAUAUAUAUAUAUAUAUAUGCAAAUUUUAGCAACAUGGAUUCACAACUUGUCUUAUCUCUAAAUCUAUAUAGCAGCAGUUACCCAUAUAGUAUAAUAAAUAAUAUAUGUUUUCAAAAUACUUCAUAAUAAUUCGUUUUGUACUAGAAGCAAAUAAUUAAUUAUUUUUCUUUUCUCUUCUAUCUGUACAGAAACAGUUGUAAAUUUUCUUUAUUGUUUUUUGUAUACUUGUAUGUAUUUUUUUGUUGUUAUUGUCAUUUGUUAAGCGUUAUGUUUUAUCCUAAAGUAAACCGCUUUUCGAAUUUAAUGGUAGUCUACUCUGAUAUAAAUGAUUAUGCACAAUCGGAGUGUUUUGAAAUCCCUGUUUCAAAUUGUUAAGGUGAUAUCUUACUGGGUUCUCAGUAUGAAAUAGGUUGCAGUAUAGAUACAUUUUUUUCGUUUCAAGUCUCGCUGAAUUUGUGAUUAUUUAUAUAUAUAAAGUGCUUUCAUUCAACUAUUGUUAUUAUUUCACCGAUUGUAAGUCUCAAAAAUGUUUUUCUAAGGAUUUAUCUUGGUGUCUACGCACACCCACCGUGUGUGUUCAACUUGAUCAUGCGUUUUUCCUCACGUAAAUUUCCCAAACUUUAUUGCUACACAACUUGAUUUAAAAUCCAUUUCCGUAAAUAGUCGAUAUGUGAGAAGCCAAUAUUAUUUCUUCGCUAUUACUUAAUUCUGUUUCUUCAUACUGUAAUGUGCAUUCUCUUUCCAUUUUGUUUUGGUUGGUUUCAGUACAACCACCAGCAAAGUAAGUUUAGUUUUUUUAUAUGGCAGUGUACAUGUACAUUUCGCAAUUUCGUUAUUGCACAAGUUAAUUUAAAAUAUUAAGUGUU